AUGCAAUUAGAGCCAAUGUUUGAGCGUAUCAUGAUACCUCGACAUUGCUUUACAAAUCUGGCCAUAUCGGCCAAACAAAUUACCUAUCUCGUUCAAGCAUUCAACCUUAAAUUCAAUGUCUAUCUCUUUUUGGCAAAGAAAAGAGCAGAAGAAGAAGUUGCACUUCUGAAGGUUCUUUGCGGGAUGCAGUUCCUUUUGGCUAGAAAGCUUUGGCUUUCUAUGUCUUGGGAGCGAGCAGUCUUUGCUCAGACCAGUUUCCUUCUGGAAUCCUCGUCCUCUCCCUCCUCCAUUCCUUUUGCCUCCUCCUCCUCUGUUCCUUUUGCUUCCUCCUCCUCUGUUCCUUUUGUUUCCUCCUCCUCCGUCUCUUCUUCUUCACUCAUCGUUGAAGACAAAAACUCCCCUGAUGAUGGAGAAGUCAGUAUCGCUUUUGUUGUGGAAGGUGAUGACAAUGAUGACAAUGACAAUGAUAACGAUGACGAUAUCAAUGCCAAUGAAGACGAAUAA